AUGGAAGCUCGCAGCUGCCGCAACAAGUUCAUACUCUACGGCCUCCUCUUCAUCGGCUCAUGGCUCCUAUCCUGCCUCCUCCACUUCCAGUUCUUGCACAUCCCCAUCUUGAGUUACACAUACAAGCCCUCCUCCUCUCACCAUGGUGCGGCAGCCGGACCCACCACCAGUCUCCUGCUCUCUCCCCAGCCAGCCGUUGUCGAGCAUCGGUCGUGCAACGAGCGGCGAGUGUUCAUGCUGCAUCUACCGUCACGGUUUAACCUUCUUCGCGGCUGCCUUGAGGGGUCGCCGGAGUUUGAGGAUGCGUGCAUCGUCAUGUCCAAUGCCGGCCUCGGCCCAGAGCUUGUUCCCCUCUCCAGCAACCACACCAACGGUGUCAUCCCCAACGGCGGAUGGUUCAAUACCAACCACCACGCCCUGGAGGUGAUGUUCCACACACGGAUGUGGAGGUACGAGUGCCUCACCGACAACCCGGCGGCCGCGACGGCAGUGUACGUUCCGUACUACCCGGGCCUGGAGCUGAACCACUACACCUGUGACACCAGCGCUAUGGUGCGCGAUGGGCCUUCCGGGGAGUUCCUCCGGUGGCUGUCGUCGCAGCCACGGUGGGCGACGCUCGGCGGACGCGACCACUUCAUGGUCGCGUCCAAGACCACGUGGAUGUUCCGACGCAGCGGCGGCGAUGACAGCCAAGGCUGCGGCAACGGCUUCCUCAACCGGCCCGAGUGCUUGAACAUGACGGUGCUCACCAUCGAGUCCAACAUCUGGGAGCGGCGGGACAUGGCCGUGCCUUACCCCACCUACUUCCACCCGUCGUCCUCCAGCGAAGUUGCAGCAUGGCAGGCGCGCGCUCGCGGCGCGCACCGGCCGUGGCUGUUCGCGUUCGCCGGCGGGCGGCGUCCCAACGGCACGCUGGUCCUCCGCGACCGCGUCAUCGACCAGUGCGAAUCCUCGAGCCGAUGCGGCAUGCUAGACUGCAGCCACGGCCUGGAGGGCAGCAUCACCUGCCAGUCCCCGGAGAAGCUCAUGUACCUAUUCGUUUCUUCCCAGUUCUGCCUCCAGCCGUAUGGCGACUCCUUCAUGCGCCGGUCGUCCAUCGACGCGGUGGUCGCUGGCUGCAUCCCCGUCUUUUUCCAUGAGGCAUCCACCUUCGAGAAGCAGUAUCGAUGGCACGAGCCGGACAGAGGCAGGGACGGCGUCCACCGCAGCUACUCGGUAUUCAUCGACAAUGACCAUGUCCUAGAAGGGAAGGUGGACAUCGAGGAGGUGCUGAGCAGGUUUACCGAUGAGGAGGUGGCCGCCAUGAGAGAAGAGGUGAUCAAGAUGAUCCCGAGGUUCGUGUACACAGACCCCAGGGUGAGGUUUGAGGGGGAUAUGAGGGAUGGCUUCGAUAUCGCCAUUGACGAGGUGAUGGCGAGGAUGAUGAGGAUAGAAAACGGGGAGGAUUUGGGAUGGUAG